AGAGGGCUCUGCCUUCUUCCCUUACAGCUCUACUAUUUCUUGCUUCCCCAGAAGCUGAGACCUGUCUUCUUUCCCAUGUGCUGAGAUCUCUCUGCCUUCUUUCUGGGAGCUGAGAUCUCUCUGCCUUCUUCCCCAGGAGCUGAGAUCUCUCUGCCUUCUGGAAGCCAGCUCUACACGUGCAGGUCUCAGGUUGGGGUUUCUGUCCUGAGGGCAGGGCAGGGUCUUUGUAACACCUGUAGGACUUCACCCUCUGUAAAUCCCAGUAGACCAGCCUGCUGCCCAGGAAGAUAAGGGAAGGACCUCUGCCCCUCUGGGAUCCUUCCACCUCCCCAGCUCAGUCUGCAGAGGACCAAGGCCUGACCCAGCAGGGAGCCUGGAGCCAGAGGGAAUGGUCCCUGGGAGCCACAGACCCCCAGCCCAGGAGCUGGUGACAUUCCGGGAUGUGGCUGUGGACUUCACCCCAGAGGAGUGGGGCUUCUUGGACCAUCCUCAGAAGGAGUUGUACAAGAACGUCAUGCUGGAGAAUGCCCAGAACCUGCUCUCCCUAGGGCUGCCAGUUCCCAGAGAAGAUUUGAUCUCUUAUUUGGAGGAAAGGGAAGCACCAUGGCUGCUGGAGCAAGAAGACCUGAGGAGCUGCUGUCCAGAAGGAGAGAUUAGACCUGAAAUUAAAGAGACUACUGCAAAGCUAAGCAUUUCUGUGAAAGAAACUCACAAGGAAAGUGUCAUGAGGAAUGGGCCCCGGUACUUCACUGGGACACAAAUCUGUGCUGCCUUUCAUAGAAUCCACAGAGGAGAAAAACCUUAUGAUUGUGAUCAUUGUGAGAUAGACUUGAGUCAACAGUCAUCCCUUAUUUACCAUCAAAAAAUUAAUACUGGGGAGAAACCACAUGAGUGUCAUGAAUGUGGUAAAGCUUUUAGUGAACGCUCCUCCUCCAUUAUAUGUCAGAGAAUUCAUAGUGACCGGAAACCUUAUGAAUGUGAUCAAUGUGGAAAGGCUUUCAGAUGCAGCUCCAUUCUUGCUGACCAUCAUAGAAGCCACACUGGAGAAAAACUUUAUGAAUGUAAUCAAUGUAGAAAGACUUUUAGUUGCAGAUAUAGUCUUCUUGUACAUGAGAGAAACCACACUGGAGAGAAGCGUUAUGAAUGUGAUCAAUGUGGAAGGGCUUUCAGACUGAACUACAAACUUAUUCAACAUCAGAGAAUCCACACUGGAGAGAAGCCUCAUAAAUGUGAUCAAUGUGGAAAGGCUUUUAGUUGCAGAUAUAGUCUUCUUAUACAUAAGAGAAACCACACUGGAGAAAAGCGUUAUGAAUGUGAUCAAUGUGGAAAGGCUUUUAGAAGAAACUGUGAUCUUGUUGUACAUCAGAGAGUCCACACUGGAGAGAAGCCUUAUAGAUGUGAUCAAUGUGAAAAGUCUUUCAGUUUCAGCUCCAGUCUUGCUACACAUCAGAGAAUCCAUACUGGAGAGAAGCCUCAUAAAUGUGAUCAAUGUGGAAAGGCUUUUAGUUGCAGAUAUAGUCUUCUUAUACAUAAGAGAAACCACACUGGAGAAAAGCGUUAUGAAUGUGAUCAAUGUGGAAGGGCUUUCAGACUGAACUACAAACUUAUUCAACAUCAGAGAAUCCACACUGGAGAGAAGCCUUAUGGAUGUAAUCAAUGUGGAAAGGCUUUCAGUUGCAGCUCGCAUCUUUCAUCACAUCAGAGAAUCCACACUGGAGAGAAACCUUAUAAAUGUGAUCAAUGUGAAAAGUCUUUCAGUUUCAGCUCCAGUCUUGCUACACAUCAGAGAAUCCAUACUGGAGAGAAGCCUUAUGGAUGUAAUCAAUGUGGAAAGAAUUUCAGAUGCAGCUACAGUCUUUCUUCACAUCAGAGAAUCCAUACUAGAGAGAAACCUUAUAAAUGUAAUUAAUGUGAAAAGGAUUUCCCACAGAACUUAAAAAUAGCUAAAUACCAAAAGGCUCAUGUAAGAGAUAAGACUUAUGAAUGUGAUGAAUGUGGGAAAGGCUUCAGUCAUCGCUCAACAUUGACAAAGCACCAGAUGACUCACAAUGGAGAAAAGCCUCAUAAAUGUAAUGACUGUGGAAAAGCCUUCAGUCAAAUAGCAAACCUUACUGUACAUCAGAGGAUCCAUACCAGAGAAAAGCCUUAUGAAUGUCAGGACUGUGGGAAAGGCUUCAAUACCUGUUCAAAUCUUAAUGUUCAUAAGAGGAUUCAUUCUGGAGAGAAGCCUUAUCAUUGUAACGAGUGUGGGAAAUCUUUCAGAGAAAGCUCCACACUUAUUCAGCACCAUUGGAUUCACACUGGGGAGAAGCCUUACCACUGUAAUGAAUGUGGGAAAACAUUUCACCAAAACUCACACCUUACUGUCCAUCAGAGGAUUCACACAGAAGAAAAGCCUUAUAAAUGUGAAGAAUGUGGGAAAGCUUUCCAAAUUUCUUCACAGCUUAUUGUACAUCAAAGAAUUCACACUGGAGAGAAGCCUUUUAAGUGCAAUGAAUGUGAGAAAUCCUUCAUUGAAAGAUCGAGGCUUACUCUGCACCAUAGGAUUCACAAUGGAGAGAAGCCUUAUAAAUGUAACAAAUGUGGGAAAACCUUCUCUAACAGGUCAAACUUUAUUAAACAUCAGAGGAUUCAUAAUGGGAAAAAAAUCUUAUAA